CCCGCCCUGCUGCUCUUGCGCCUGGGCUGGGGUGGGAGGACGGUCAGGGUCCGCCGUCCUCGGAGCCCCACGAUGGCUCCCGCACACCUGGGGUAGCAGGGUUUCCGCGCUGGGCACUGACGUCGGCCUUCAAGGCCCCCACCCGGGCCGCGGCGGUGGGCGGAGUCGGGAGCCCGCCGCCCCGCCCCCAUCCCCGCCCCUGCGCGCUGCGGGCCUGGGGCGUGGAGAGGGGAGCUCAGCGGAAAACGCAGACCCCGCGCCCCAGGCCCGGGAUCCCCGGGAGCUGAGUUCCGUGUCACCAGCGGGCCGCGGGGUCGGAACGGGUGUCGGUGCAGGGGCCCAGGAAGUCCCGACAUAUGGCUGUGGGCGGUGAGUGAGGGGCACAGGUGGGCGGCACGGCCCCUCCACUGGCUCCUAGUGUUGGGGAUGGGGAGGCAAACCCUUGGUAAGGAGAUCGGCUCCAGCCAGGAAACCCGUCCGGGAGCCUCUCCCCAGCCAUGGACAGCCCCAGUCUUCGAGAGCUCCAACAGCCUCUGCUGGCAGGCGUGGGCUGUGGUCCCCCCAUCCAGAAGCCUGGGGAACCUCAGCUGGGGCCUCCCUUUCGAGAGACAGCCUUUGCGGAGUCCCUGGGGGGUUGGCACUUCCUACCGCCACCUCUUCCUUCUGUGAGCGCUGGUCUUGGGGAGCUGGGAACCCCUGACCUGGAGGACCCAUCAUCCAGUGACAGCGACUUGGACUGGGACAGGGGCAGCCUUCUCUCCCCGCUCCUACCCCACGACCACCUCGGGCUGGCUGUCUUCUCCAUGCUCUGCUGUUUCUGGCCUGUGGGCAUCGCAGCCUUCUGCCUGGCCCAGAAGGUCAGUCUGUGGGUAGGUAGGGCUGGAUCUAAGGGGAAAGUGUAUUCAGAACAAAACAGAAGUGCUAUGCGUUGGUGGGGGGCAAAAGUGGAGAGAAGGACCUGCAUAGAAACAUGGAAAGGUAAAAUGAGUGUUUCAGAGUGGAAGCCCAGAGCGGUGGUUAGGAAUCUGGGCUCAAAUUCCUAGGCCUGACACACUCCGUUAAGACUUUUGGGCAAGCCACUUAACCUCCCUGGGCCUCAUUUUCCUCACCUGUAAAACGGGAAUAAUUCCUACCUCUGGGUCAUCGUGAGGUUCGGAUGAGUUCGAACGGUGGCACCGAGAAGUCGGUCUAUUUUUAUUAGCCACCCGGGCACCCCUGUGCGUGGCCCACAGUGGCUGCUCCCUGUUUUUGGAAUCUCUGAAUGAGCCUGUGGGUGUGCCGGUGGGGGCAGGUUCAGGGCAAGGGUCUGGGGCUGUGGGCAGCGGGGAUGCCUGAGUCACCGCUGCCCAAUGCCUCCACAGACCAACAAGGCUUGGGCCAAGGGGGACGUCCAGGGGGCAGGGGCUGCCUCCCGCCGAGCCUUCCUGCUGGGGGUCCUCGCCGUCGGGCUGGGCGUGUGCACGUAUGCGGCUGCCUUGGUGACCCUGGCCGCCUACCUGGCCU